AUGUCGCCAAUCCAGCACCAACCUGGCAGCAGCACCAGAUCCGGUGCGACCACGACGGUGAUUUCUGUCGCUGUGGCAUCCAGGGCGGCCACCGUGGCCCUGAUGGUCCUCGGGAACGCUGUCCUCCCCACCCACGACGCUGGUGGCGUGCACAAGUUCCGACCAAGAACAUUCCCCGUGUCGUCCGGCGCCGGCGCCGGCACCGGCGGAGUGUUUUCGGCAUUCACUCGGUGGGACUCGGCGUGGUUCCUGAGCAUUGCCGACAGCGGCUACCCUUACCCUACGGUGGGCGGUGAUGAUGGUGAUGGGGUUGAUUGCAGGGGAACGACCAGAGCUUGGGGCGGAGAGGAGUACGAGUGGGGAGAGUAUGGGCGGCUUGGAGAAGAUCGCACGGAAGGCGGGGAUAGGGACGAGUCAGCGCCGUCAGCACAAAAGCAACCCCGUUGCCGACCCGACAUCCCGCUGGAAGAACAAGCCCAUGCGUUCUUCCCGCUCUACCCGUGGGUCGUGCGGUGGGUCGCGGCGGCGCUCCGUGCCCUCCUGCUCACAACCGGUCUCGUCUUGAGCAAGGCUAGCAGCCUCGUCCUGGCCGCUGUACUCGUCAGCAACUCGUGCUUUGUGGUGUCCGCGGUGCUGCUGUACAGACUGGGAGCGGCCGCAACGGGCGACUCUCUCCUGGCCCGCCGAGGCGCGCUCGCCUUCUGCAUCACCCCCGCCAGCGUCUUCUUCAGCACGGCAUACACGGAGAGCCUCUACGCCAUGCUGUCGUUCGCUGGCCUGUUGGUUCUCUUCUCGGAAGGGCAUCGAAGAACGGCGAGAAGAACCACGUCAAGCGGCGGCGAGGAUAGACAGGGAACGGAGGGGUUCCACCGAAACGCCAGUGGGGGUAGCAGCAACGCCUGGUGGGGGUGCGGAGCCGUGAACACGUGGGUCGCCGCGGUGUUGCUGUCCUUGGCCACUCUUGCCCGGUCGAACGGAAUCGCCGGCGCCGGAGUGCUGGUUCUGGAAAAGCUGCGCUGGAUGGCGAGGGACGUCGGGCUCUUCGCCGACAACGGCGGCAACCAAGACGAGAAUAGCGCCCGUGUCGACGCCGCGUUUCCCGUGGCAGCGCGGUCGUCGUCCACUGCAGCAAACACCCAGAGCCGGGAGAUGAAGACCCGGGCCGGGAGUAGCGGCGACGGUGGCGGCGGCGACCGUGCCGUCGCCACCGCCGCCGGCCACAACCGGAACUUUCGCAGGCGAGACGGUGGCGCCGUGGCCUGGCUGAGGCUGGUCGCCUGCCUGGUCGUUACCGCGCUGCAGGCUCUCCUCGUCAUAGCGCCGUAUGUUCUCGUCCAGGCGUACGCGUACCGCAAGUUCUGCCUCGCAGGGACAAGACUGGCGGAGGAAGGCGGCAACGGCGACGCUUUCAUCAGUGGGGGUGCCGACGGCGGUAGCCCAUCGGCAGCAGAGCUUCCACGCCUGACCAUGGAGCAGCUUCACCCCUGGUGUGCCCGGAGAGUGCCGAGCGUCUACGCGCACGUCCAGUCGACGUACUGGAACGUGGGAGCCUUCCGGUACUACCAAUUGAAACAGAUCCCCAAUUUUUUGCUAGCGGCCCCGGCGCUGAUCCUGACGGCCUACGGAAUCGCAUGUUUCUUCUCCGCCCAGCUGCGGUCGCUUCGCGCGACUGCGGCAGAGGAAGGGUGUGAUUCUUCCCGUGGCAGCGGCGGCAACGGGGGUGGGGGAAGCAACACGCCGGGACCGCAUCGAUGGGCUAGGGGCAUGUGCUUUGUUCGGAGAUGGGUACUGAAGCUGACGGAUGUCUUUUUCGGCGACCCGAAGCUGCCGCACCCUGCGGCGUCGCCGUUCGAGCGCACCGGGGCGGCGGCGCUGAUGGCGCAGUGGGCCUUUUUCGCCUUCUUCGCCGCCGUGUGCAUGAACGUCCAGGUCGUCACUCGCUUCCUAGCCGCCGCUUGCCCUCCGCUCCAUUGGUGGACUGCUAGCCUUCUGGUCAGGGACGGGAAAGGGCGCGGUGGAGCCGGAGAGGAGGCGGCGGGUGGGGCACCGGCGGCGCUUGGAACGUGCUUACGGUGGUACCUCGGAGCGUACUUCGUCGUCGGCGCUGUGCUGCACGCCAACUUUUUGCCGUGGACAUGA